GCGCUACUCAAACCAUACACCGUACCCAUGACCCAUUCAUUCAACCCAUGCGUGAUCUGGAUAGUACAACACGCAGUGUCAUACAAAAGGAGAACUCACCGGACCAGGUGUGCACUUUACUGCAAUAAGACCCGGUGUCUGGAUACCUUGUGAUUGACCAUGGAGAACGUCGACCAAGACACUGAAGACCAAAAUGGCGGACUGCGGCAGAGAUCGAAGGAGGACCCGGAUGAAGGGGUAUCACCAGAGCAGUUCAGCAUUCAGACCGAUGACAAUCUUCACAUGGGCAGAAAUGUCGGCCUUAUCAGCGGAAUCUCACUGAUCGUCGGUUCAAUCAUUGGGUCUGGCAUCUUCAUCUCCCCGAAGGGUGUUCUCAGCGAUACUGGAUCUGUCGGGCUGAGUCUGGUUGUCUGGUCGUUGUCUGGAGUCAUCGCAUUAUUUGGUGCUUUGUCGUACGCCGAGCUGGGCACCCUGAUCAGACUGUCGGGGGGUGAGUAUGCCUACAUCCGGGCAGCUCUCGGAAACAUCUGCGCAUACCUCUACGCAUGGACGUCUAUUAUUGUCAUCAGGCCCUCCACACUCGCCAUCAUCUGUCUCGUGUUCGCCGAGUAUGUGUCAAGUUUCUUCAAGAUGUGCGGCACACCAGAAAUACCAAACAAAUUAGUAGCGGCUAUAGCGCUUAUCACUGUGGGCAUUGUCAACUGCUGGAGCACCAAGUUGGCCGCCAGGGUGCAGGUCGUCUUCACAGCCGCCAAACUCAUCGCUCUCGUCAUCAUCAUCAUCGGCGGUCUGGUCAAGUUAGGGCAAGGUAACACGGCUGUUCUAGCGACGGGCUUCACCGGCUCCACUACCUCGCCCUCGGUUAUCGCCCUUGCCUUCUAUGGCGCAUUGUGGGCAUACGACGGAUGGAACAAUCUUAACUUUGUCACCGAGGAGAUCAAAGAACCCAAAAAAAACCUUCCCCGUGCCAACAUCAUCGCCGUCAUCCUCGUCACUGUUGUCUACGUACUCACCAACAUCUCCUACUUGGCCGUGUUGAGCACACAACAACUGUUGGCCUCAGCGGCUGUGGCAGUGACAUGGGGCGACCUCAUUCUUGGAGGAGCCGCUAUCAUCAUGCCUCUGUCCGUCAUGAUCUCAACAUUUGGGGCGGCAAACGGAACAGCCUUCAGUGGCUCCAGGGUGGUGUACGCAGCGGCUCGAGACAACAACCUGCCGGAAGUGCUGUCGUACAUCCAGGUGAAGCAACUCACGCCGAUGCCGUCGAUGUUAUUUACGAUCUUCAUCUCCCUCCUCAUGAUCAUCCCAGGGGACAUCGGCAGCCUCAUCGACUUCUUCAGCUUCACCGCCUGGAUGUUCUACGGCAUGACCUUCCUCUCCCUCAUCGUCCUCAGGUUCAGAAUGAAGGAUGCGGAUCGGCCAUAUAAGGUCCCAAUUCCUAUCCCCGUUAUAAUGUUCCUGGUGUCUGUCUACCUCGUAAUAGCGCCUAUCGUGGACGACCCGCAGAUGGGGUUCCUGUAUGCGUUCCUGUUUGUGAUAGGGGGACUCAUCCUGUACUUCCCAUUUAUACAUUUCAACCUGAAGCUGUGUGGAUGGGAUCGCAUCACUAUGUACUGCCAGCUCAUCUUUAACAUAGUCCCGACAUCGGUGGAGCCUGAUGAAUAAACCGUGGUCAAUACGGAAGCCUAUUGCUGGGUCAGUAUACACCACGGCCACUGAACAUUGAACAGCGGGUCCAGAACCACGGCAAUACUGAAAGACAGGGGCACCAGGGUCAGGAGCAAGGAAUGGUUCUUUCUCUGACCAGACCUCCACCCCUCCCCCCCCCCCCGACCAACACUGAACUUACGCGUCGUCAGAAAGCAGUUCAUUCUUGAAGUGUGCGAUUUUCACCGUGACGCCAAACUCACUAAGCUUCUGCUUGUUUAUAAUUUCAAUAAUUAAUACUCAUACCGUGAAACCUCGUUUAUACGGACACCGUUAAUCCGGACAACUCCUUUCUCUGACCAGACCUCCACCCCGCCCCUCCGACCAACACUGAACUUACGCGUCGUCAGAAAGCAGUUCAUUCUUGAAGUGUGCGAUUUUCACCGUGACGCCAAACUCACUAAGCUUCUGCUUGUUUAUAAUUUCAAUAAUUAAUACUCAUACCGUGAAACCUCGUUUAUACGGACACCGUUAAUCCGGACAACUCCUUUCUCUGACCAGACCUCCACCCCGCCCCUCCGACCAACACUGAACUUACUCGUCGUCAGAAAGCAGUUCAUUCUUGAAGUGUGCGAUUUUCACCGUGACGCCAAACUCACUAAGCUUCUGCUUGUUUAUAAGUUAAAUAAUUAAUACUUAUACCGUGAAACCUCGUCACAAUCCGGACAACUCCUCUUCCGGGCGAUUACUGUUGAAAGCAUCUCUGUGUAUUUAAUGUCUACACUACUACUUAUCAAUGAAACGUUAAUCUGGUAAUUCAUCAGUCGGAGUUAACGGGUUGGAUUAAAUAUUAGUUCUUAACCAAGGGUUGGGUAGAUUAGAAGAGCAGAGUUUCCAAACUCUGUGUGUAGAGUUGCCUCCCUUUAACCAUGCCAGGAUCACGGGUUCGGAUAAUAGAUUUACAACCCUACACGUGCUUAUGGGGUCACAAUAUCGUAAACGUCUAAAACCUUCGUCAUUUUGGACUUUCCGCCCACGUGCACUUGGCAAGCCGUGAUUUAACUGAAAAACUGUUCCUAGCGGAGAUAUACGCGUCGCUCUCUGUUCCAUAAAACACAGACAUAAAUGGACAGAUAGCUGACUCGUGAGCUGGCAAUAUCAUUCAUUGUUAAGUGUCACAAAUGAGAUUAUUUCUUUGAAUGUGAUAUCACUAUUGGUAGCUUCCAACAGAGAAAAAUAGACCACUCAAAAGAAGUUAAAGAACAACCUAUUCUUUGACAUGAUUUUACUAUUUAACUUUUUUUGUGUAGUAUACACUGUCUCAAUUAUCAUGAUAGUAUUGCAAAACAAUAAGUGUUACCAGCCAUGAGAUAAGGGA